AUGUUAGUAAGUGAUAAAAGCGCUGUUUCCGCAAAAGCCGUGGACCUUGCCGAAGAAUCACUACACUGUAAAACUAAUUCAUUGGAAAUCAGUUUCCCUGAAAAGGUUCAACAAAGCACGAAAAUAAUUCACUCAAUUUUGUAA